AUGGUGGGCCCGGCGCUGGGCCGCGCGCUCUGCCUGGCGCUGCUCCUGUGCGGGGCGCCGGCCGGCGGGACCUCGGCGCCCCCGCGGCGCUACACGCCCGACUGGGCCAGCCUGGACUCGCGGCCGCUGCCCUGCUGGUUCGACGCCGCCAAGGUCGGGGUGUUCGUGCACUGGGGGGUCUUCGCGGUGCCGGCCUGGGGCUCGGAGUGGUUCUGGUGGAACUGGCAGGGCGAGCGCCUGCCCGACUACGAGCAGUUCGUCCGGUCGCACUUCCCGCCCGGCACGUCCUACGCCGACUUCGCUGCCCGCUUCACCGCCAGGGACUUCCAGCCGGAGCAGUGGGCGCGCCUCUUCCAGGAGGCCGGCGCCAGAUAUGUUGUGUUUACCACAAAACAUCAUGAAGGCUUCACCAACUGGGGGUCCCCAGUGUCCUGGAAUUGGAAUUCGGUGGAUACAGGACCCCAUCGAGACUUGGUGGCUGAAUUGGGGGAUGCUCUCAGAAAAAGGAAUAUAUACUAUGGACUGUACCAUUCCCUCUUUGAAUGGUUUAAUCCACUGUAUUUAUUGGAUAAAAAGAAUUCUUUCAAGAGCCAGUUUUUUGUCUCUGAGAAGUCUCUACCAGAGCUCUAUGAACUUGUCUUAAGGUACAAGCCAGAUAUCAUUUGGUCUGAUGGAGGAUGGGAGGCUCCUGAUACUUACUGGAAUUCAACCUCUUUCCUUGCCUGGCUUUACAACGACAGCCCAGUCAAAGACACUGUGGUGGUGAAUGAUCGAUGGGGCAGCAAUUGUUCCUGCCACCAUGGAGGCUACUAUAACUGUCAGGAUAAAUACAAGCCUGGCGUUUUACCAACCCACAAGUGGGAGAUGUGCAGCUCUAUUGACAAGAAUUCCUGGGGGUAUCGAAGGAACAUGCAAGUCCAGGAACUCUUGGAUGAGGCCAGCAUCAUUCGGGAACUUGUACAGACUGUGAGUUAUGGAGGAAACUAUCUACUCAACGUGGGGCCCACAAAAGAAGGCAUAAUCGUGCCAAUCUUCCAAGAAAGGCUCUUGGCACUUGGGAAAUGGCUGAGCAUUAACGGGGAGGCCAUUUAUGAAUCAAAACCAUGGAGGGUACAAAAGGAAAACGGCACUGAGGGCACCUGGUACACUUCAAAGGGAGCAAUCAUCUACGCUAUUUUCUUGACCUGGCCAGAAGGCAGCAUGCUGACACUUUCAUCACCCAUCCUCUCAGGAAGUGUGCAAGUGACUAUGCUGGGGAUCUCUGAACCUUUGAAGUGGCAGCCGUUACCAGACAAAGGACUGAAGAUCACGCUGCCAUUCACAACUCCUUCUGUUCUCCCUCUACAGCAUGGCUGGACUCUCAAGCUAGAUGGAGUAGAAUGAUGCCGAAGGCGGAGGGGAACUGAAAAAUGUUUCUUGCAUUUUCUUCCUUGCUCUUAAAAAUGGAAGUGAUGAUGCUACUGUGAUUAGUGACUUCAGUGGAUUUGGGAUGGGUGGGCUUAAGUGAGGGGAUCUGCACUUAAAUGAAAUCUUUACAUAUUAUCAAUGCUCAGAGGUUGCAUUUUAUUAGGAAAGGACCAAAGAAUGGAUAUUAUGUAAACAAGAUUUAACUUGCUUGAUAUACCUGUCCCAAAUGUUAAACAUCACUUACUUGGAGUGAGAACAGUCUCCAGUGAGUUCUCAAGGAAACUAUCUUGAGCUCUUUUGAGUUUCAUUGAGUGGGUCAGAGCUUGGGAACAGAGUAGGUGCUAGAUUUAAUUGAUGGACAGCAGGUCCCUAUGGCCAUUUUUUUCCACCAGCCAGCUCAAGUUGCUUAGGCGUAGGAGCCGCUUGCCCCAAAGAGCAUUCUUGUACAGGCUUUCAGUAAUGAGAAGCAAAAACCUCUGUGGAGGCUUUCAGAAUUGAAAUAGAAUGGGAGCAGCCUUGAAGGUGAGUUCACAAGCCAGCAGGAGCUGGUGGCAAAACAAGCACCGAUUGGCCAAAGUGCUGGUUGCGAGCCAUUAAUAGACAGCUGUGAGGCAAUAGGGAAUCAAGUGCUAGGCUUUCUCAAUUUUUGUGGUGGCUUGAGAACAAAAACAAAUGCUCUUGGAAAGCAGUGAUACUAUGACACAAACGUCAUGUUUUCAGGAUUUUGACGUUAUGUAAGUUUGCUUCUUGGACAAGGUGAAUAAGUGCCCAGCCAAAACAGGAUGGCUUUUGCUGAGAAAAUCUAGGACUAGAUCUAUAAUCAAGGACAUGUCUGUUUAAAAAACCCUGUAAAAAAACCCGUUGCAGUGGUCCUAUCUAAAUAGCAUCCCGAGCUGCUUCUCUUGCAUUUGCCAUACAUUCAGAUGAGGAAUAUUAGCUUGAAGGAGCUGUUUCAGUAACAUUGUUGCCUAUGGCACUACAUUUCUUAAGCUAUGGAUUUCAAGCUGCCCUCUGUAUACGUAGCUACAUAGGCGUGACCAUGUCGGAUUAGAAACUUCCCCUCUGUUUCUUCUCCUGUCAUCUGGAUUUCUUUAGCUUGCUUCCUUUAUGACAUAAAGCAUAAACAACCGAAGGACAUUCAGUAUCUGUUAUACCAUUCCAUGAGGGAUGCACAUCUGCUCCAAGAGUAUAGGGGCACAUAUUUCUUCUUGCCUUAAGAAAAAUGAGUUCUGAGCACAUCUCUUAAGGAAGGGUCUAGCAAUUGGUCAGAUGAUCCAGCAAAAGAGACAUCUUUGCCUAAUUUUGGGUUGCCAUUUUUCUUGAGCAAAUACAGCAUCAGUCAAAGCUAGGCCUGAAUACAAGGAGUGAGAAUCCUCCUUGACUCUAUAAUACUCUGUGAGGGGCCUCUAGCAGUGGAUUAUGCGGCCUGUGAAAUGAUGCCAUCCACAGCAUAGCCACUGGAAUAUGGAGAAGGGAGUUGAGCAAUGCAGUGGACCAGCAAGGGCACAGAAGGGUUGUCUCGUAACUGUUGACCAGUUGCGACUGGUAAUGUCCCCUUCUUGCUGUCUCAUUCAAAUGGCUCAUUUUACCAAUGGUGGCAUUAAGUAGGUAAGGGAUGAAAAAUUCAGAGAAUAGAUUCCAGCUAAAGAAAUAGAUUUUGUGCAGCUUUGUGUUUAAAUCUGAUGUUGAUUAUUUUUUAAACAAUUUUAUUCAACCACCGAAUUUGAUUCUGCAAUGUAUCAAUCUCUGUCUUUUGGGGGGUUUCAUAUCUGAGUUCAAACAUCGAUUUUUCAAAAAAUAAACAUUUGAAUUAAAGUGAACA